AUGGCCGACGUUGACGAACCAAAGGUGGUAGAAGACCUAGGACUAGACCUGAGUCUGAAGAAAAAGAAGAAGAAGAGUAAGACGCCAGAUGCAGAAUCCACCCCAGAACCAACCGUGGAUGAUGACGAAGACAUGCUCGCGGGACUAAAGAAGAAGAAGAAGAAGAGCAAGGAUGCCAGUGCUAAGGCUGACGGUGUUGAUGAGGUUACUGAUGCCUUUGAUGACCUCAAACUGAAGAAGAAAAAGAAGAAGAAGGCUACCGUGAUCGAUGACUUCGACGCACAACUGGAAAAGGCUGGUGUUCUAGAUGAUGACAAUAAGGAGAACUCACCAGAGGCAGCCGAAAUCCCAGGUGAGACUACCAGCAUAAAAUACGAGGAUUUGCUCCACAGAUUCUUCAACAUACUGAGAGAGAACAACCCAGAGCUUGCAGGAGGCUCGGGUUCGAAAUUGAAGGUGCCACCUCCAGUCUGCCAGAGAGAAGGUAACAAGAAAACCCUUUUUGCAAACGUCCAAGAGAUUGCUGCAGUCUUGCAGAGGAAUCCAGAACACAUCAUUCAGUACCUGUUUGCUGAGUUGGGUACUUCUGGUUCCAUAGAUGGUCAGAAGAGACUGAUCAUGAGAGGCCGUUUCCAGCCAAAGCACAUCGAAAACGUGUUGAGACGUUACAUUGCUGAGUAUGUCACAUGUGAGACUUGUAAGUCCAUGAACACAGAGCUGAAGAGGGAAAGCGCGAACAGAUUGCACUUCAUCGUGUGUAAGGCGUGUGGUUCUACCAAGUCUGUUUCUUCCAUCAAGACUGGUUUCCAGGCCCAUGUUGGACGCAGAAAGAAGUAG